UGCAGUCAACCAGGAUUCAUCUCACGUGCGAGCUUCUAACCUUCCCAGACGCUGUUAUCUUGAGGAGAGGAAAUGUAACGGAGGCACAAAUGGACGUUCCUCAACCGGUCAAAAGUCUCCUCGAAGACACGGUUGUUGGGGCGCCGCUCUUGCCUCAGCUCUCCCAGCAAGAAAGUGUCCGUUCCAGGACUCCGCGUCAGCAAGUGAUGGGUGACGAGGAGCCAGGGACGUUCAAGAGACCCGCGGCACCUGCAAAGCCAUCGCAAGGGGUGUCAUACGCCGAGAAAGGCGUCGGAUCCACAGCUGUCGCUGCCUCGCGCAGAACGGCUCUCAGAAGGCUGUUCUACGCGGACCCGUGUGCCAGCGACCUCGACCCGUCUUUGACCUCCAGGCUGAACCUGGCGUUGAAGUUUAAAGACUGUCAAGAAGACAAGGAGAACUUCGAGUCUGCAUUCAAAGGCGAAGCAGACAAGACAGCUCAAGAGUCAGCCGCCUUCCUCGACGGGGACACAUGGCAGCACCAGAAGGAUCGCGUCCCGUUUCCACCGAGCCCAAUAAUGCCUCCGACGUUGAAGGCAGACAAACACGAGCAUGUCGCCACGGUUCUUGCAAGCUCCCAGCACCGGCGCUUGUAAUUUGUGGUGUUCUGUAAGCUGCAAACUGAAGAAACAAUAAUAAAAUGA